AUGAAUCAAGGAAAGAAAACAGAUAAAGCUUUAAUAAAAGAUCAAGCAAGUCCCAUUCCCGAUAAUUCUAUCUGUAAUAAUGCCACAAGCCACAUUGUGAUCGAAUAUAUUAGUAUCACACCAGAAAAUUUGGGAAACCAAGCUAACGAAAAUAAUGAGAGUAAUACCAAUGAGGAGAAUAUAACGAAGGGGUCAAAGUUCACUAAUUCUGAUGAUCAGACGAAUAAUAUCAUAAAAAUCAAUUCAUCCAGACAACUAUUCCCUAAAAUUGACCGUGAGCACGAUAAAUUGCAGGAUUUAUUGCAAGAACUAUUCACACUUAUUAAAGGCGAAACCGAUAAAGAUAAUGUAAAUGAAGGUUCUAAUGAUUCGAUGUCGCAGAGUUUAGUUUAG